UUGACGGUGCGCGUUCGCGCCGUACGCAGAAUCCCGCGGGCGUUGUUGGAGUUUUACGGGACGUCGUCCGCACGUCCGCCGAAUCUUCUUUCCGCGUUCCCGCGUCUUCGAACGCGGUUCGCACGUCGUUUUUUUUGUUUUUUAAUACGGUGAAAAGUGAGACCCCGCUGGUGCCCAAAAUGUUCAUGAGACGACAUGUCUUAGGGAUACUCUGCCUUGCAGUGGUGUAUUUCGAGACCAGUUAUGCGAUUUCUUGCUACGAAUGUAACAGCGCGCAAGACAAGCGAUGCCUCGGCGACGUCAACAAUCAACUCACCGACGACUUGAAGAAGCCCUGUCCCGAGAAAAAGGACGACAAACCGUACACCCUUUGCCGAAAAAUCAAACAGAUGAUCGAUUUCGAGGUUAACGGACUGCAACCGGAUAGUCGAGUGAUCCGCACGUGCGGCUGGGACGAUUCGAGCUACAAGAACCGUUGCUACCAGAGAUCCGGUUUCGGGGGUAGACAGGAGGUGUGCGCGUGCGACAAGGACGGAUGCAACGGCUCCGCCUUAGUUAAGGCCUCGGCCGUCGGUAUAAUGGUGGCGCUCACGCUCGCCCUCUUAACGCCAUUUUUAAACCCCCCCCACACCCGUUAAUUUAGUGCGUAUUAUUUAUUUGAUAUUACAAUAACCGUCACACGAUUUUUAAUUAUAUAGGGAUUAAGGCUCAUAUACACGUUGGAUGUUGACAAAUAAUGGUCUGUUAUUAAAGGUAGUGUGGUGUCUCUCUUUAGCUGUCUAAGUGUAUAUACGCACCAUUAUGUUUUUAUCGGCAACACUGUGUAGAUUUAUCGAUGGUUUUAUGGCUUUUGCAUUAUGUAAAUUAAUUUUAGGAAAAUGUUUCGCACAGGAUAGACCACUACUAUUAUAUAACAAUAAUACGUUUAGUUUUUAAUAUAUAGAACAGGGUGGUGUUCGUUAUAUAACUUGAAAAAAAAACUAAUUGGCAACAUCGCCUCUAGAAAGCAGCGUCGCUAUUUAAUGCGCCGUUGCCAAUUACUCACUCAAAGGACACUUUUUAUGCAUCCAAUAAAUCCGGCUACCACAUUAAACAUCUUUAUCUAUUAUAAUUGGUUGCAUAAGAAGUCCCCCUCCCCCCCCGCCCCGUGCCACGCCCUUUUAAUGAAGGUAUCCAUACUCUGAAAUUUUGUACAUAACCCCGUAUAUACUCAACUAACUCUACGAGACGAUUUAAAUGUUCAAUGUUUUUCGUGUAAUCGUAUUAUAAUCGUGCACCAAUCACUUGUAUAGCGAUUUUAAGCGUUUCCGAGGUGGGCGGUGGGCGUGGCUUGUGUGGUCUGAAGGCUACGCACGCCCAUUUGCCCCUGGCCACGCCACCCGCCCUUUUCAAGGCCACCCUGUGUAACGAUGAGCGACGACGGUCACUUGCUUCUCAGGUGACUUGCUCGAAUAGGUUUAAAUGGUAAUUCAGUUAGAGAGCUUAUAAUCGUUAAAGUUGUGAUAGUUUAACAAUAUGAAUUGAUUAGAUGAUUGUAACCUUGUAAUAAAAGUUGGCUUGUAGAGGGUAAA